CUGAGAGCAGCAGCGGCAGAAGCAUCAGCGAGCGGAGCGGACCCCGCGGAAGGAGCAGCCCGAGCCCGAGCUGUGGACAGAACUCAUGUUAAAAGAGUAGCUUGUUGGAGACGUUCUUCCAGAAAGUGGGUGGAAAAGGAGCCAAAUGGGAAACCUUUUAAAAGUUCUUACAUGCACAGAGCUUGAUCAGGGACCAAACUUUUUCCUUGACUUUGAAAAUGCACAGCCAACGGAUUGUGAGCGGGAAGUAUGGAACCAGGUCAAUGCUGUCCUGCAGGAAUCCGAGAGUAUACUUUCCGAUCUGCAAGCAUACAAAGGAGCAGGACAAGAAAUAAGAGAUGCCAUACAAAAUCCAAAUGACAUCCAGCUUCAGGAGAGGGCUUGGAAUUCAGUGUGCCCCCUGGUUGUCAGACUGAAGCGGUUUUACGAGUUUUCUAUAAGGCUUGAAAAGGCUCUGCAGAGUUUGUUAGAGUCUCUGACCUGCCCCCCCUACACCCCCACACAACACUUGGAGCGAGAGCAAGCUUUGGCUAAAGAGUUUGCUGAAAUUCUGCACUUUACUCUUCGCUUUGAUGAACUGAAGAUGAGGAAUCCCGCAAUUCAGAAUGACUUCAGUUAUUACAGGCGGACGAUAAGUCGUAACAGGAUAAAUAACAUGCAUUUAGACAUUGAAAAUGAAGUUAACAAUGAAAUGGCAAACAGGAUGUCGCUAUUCUAUGCUGAAGCCACGCCAAUGCUGAAGACACUUAGCAAUGCCACCACCAGCUUUGUAUCCGACAAUAAAACAUUACCCAUAGAGAACACCACAGACUGUUUGAGUACAAUGGCCAGUGUGUGUAAAGUAAUGCUUGAAACACCGUAA